CAGCCAUACUGUGCUCCGUGUCCAGCUCUUUCUGGAGCGCCACGUUCCAGACCUUCCGCACUGUUUACAGAGGACACGUUAUACUUUCACUACUUUUAUUCUCUAUUUAAAUACAAUACUCUAUUUUCAUUUCUCUCUGAAAAUUCCCGAGCAUCAGCGCAAUUGAAGAGAAGAUGUCAGUCGUAGCCAACGGUGAUAGCCAUGAAACCGAAAACACCAGUGAUCAGAGUUAUGUUUUAGACAUAUACCCUCUUAGUAGCUACUACUUUGGAUCCAAAGAACCCAUUCCUUUUAAAGACCAGACUUUAGAUGAUCGUAUUCAAAGGAUGAAAUCCAACUAUGCUGCACAUGGCUUGAGGACUUGCGUGGAAGCAGUUAUUCUGGUUGAGUUGUUCAAACACCCCCAUCUGUUGCUGCUGCAAGUAAGAAAUUCCAUCUUCAAGCUUCCUGGCGGUCGCUUAAGACCAGGUGAAUCAGACAUUGAUGGAUUGAAACGUAAACUGAAGAGGAAGCUUUCUCUCAAUGAAGAUGGUAAUGAAAUAGAUUGGGAGGUGGGGGAAUGCCUUGGUAUGUGGUGGAAGCCGGAUUUUGAAACAUUGCUGUUUCCAUACUUGCCUCCUAAUGUAAAACGGCCAAAGGAGUGCACAAAGCUCUUUCUUGUGAAGCUACCAGUGAGCCAAAAGUUCAUUGUACCAAACAACAUGAAAUUGCUUGCAGUGCCAUUGUGCCAGAUUCAUGACAAUCAGAAGACAUAUGGACCAGUAAUAUCAGGAGUUCCGCAGCUGCUAUCGAAAUUCUCAUUCAACAUUAUCGACUCUUAAAACAGGUCUGUUCAUGGUAAUGAUCUGGCCAAGGAAACUUACAGAGAAUAGUAAGGAUGAUGUGUAUUUGGAAAAGUUGGCUAAGGCUUCUAAUUUUUUAUGAAGUUAUGAGAGACCCUUAUAUAUAGUAUAGUGUUUUACAGGUGAUACAAUUGUCAUGUUAUACGCAACAAUAAGUUUGUUUUUGGGCGUGUGAAUCUUUUGUAUAAAUAUUUGAAUGCCUUGAUCCUGAGAGUCCAGUGAGAAGCUAUAACAAAUAUUCACCAUUUUUGUUUUAGUUGCCAGUGAAUAAAGUAUGUAUGAUACAUCUGAUAUUUUAUUUA